AUGUUUCUCUGUGGUGGUAAGAAACCAAAAACUUAGAUGAGAACUCUAGCGCUCGAGUCCCAUUUAUUCACUUUAAGAAACAAUACCGAGGACAUUAUGAAAAUAUUCUAUAAUGCAGAAAAGAUGCAGUUAGAGAGUUAGGAUAAGGAAAUGUUAAUAAAAGGGAAAAAACUGCAAGAGCUACAUCAAUUCAAUGAGGCAACAUUAGUAUAAUAGAUUGAAGAUUAAAUUGUUGACAUCGAGAAGGCCAAGUUAAAGAAAUAAACGAAAUUAGAUGAAAUUUAUGAAAUGGAAAGGGAGAUCUUGUAGAAUGAAAUAGAGAUACAAGUGAUCAAGAAUCUGAUGAAGGAUGAUGAAAAGAUAGUGAAAAACUUACAAAAAUGUGACAUCAAAUUUGCUCUGGAUCUUCAAGAAAAAUAUAGACAGAGCUUGGAGGAGAUAGAGGAGGAGAUGUCAUAGAAACCAGUCAUGAGGAGCGAGGGAUCUGCUAAUUUUUAGAGUCAAUCACAAGCUUAGAGGAGAUCUUCAUCUUCCAGAGCAAAAUUGUCAAAUGAUCAAGAAUCUUGA